AUGCGGCUUAUCAACACCGAAAAUCUACACAUUCAAAGUUUUCCUGGCCCUGAAUUGCCUAAAUAUGCCAUCCUCUCUCAUACCUGGACCAAUGACGAGCCAACCUUGGCAGACGCUCAAGGCGGCCUUUUGGGAACAAGUUCAAAAGCAGGAUGCCGAAAGGUUAGAGACUUCUGUAGACUGGCACGACAAGACGGCUUCUAUUUCGCUUGGGCCGAUACCUGUUGUAUCGACAAGACUAGCAGUAGCGAGCUGACCGAGUCCAUCAACUCCAUGUUCCAAUGGUAUGCGUCAGCCGACAUCUGUUAUGUCUACCUUGCCGACCUUGGGAGCGAUGCUUCGUCAGACACCAUGGCCUCGUGCAGAUGGUUCAAAAGAGGUUGGACUCUUCAAGAGCUUAUUGCACCGAGUACGCUACGAUUCUAUGACAAUGAAUGGAAUCUCCACGGUUCAAAGAUGGAGUUUGCCGAUCAGCUUCUGCAGAUCACCAACAUUCACGAAGCUGUCCUUAGAGACCGGGCGUCAUUACCCAUGAUUCCAGUUGGAAGAAGGAUGUCAUGGGCAGCAAAUCGUCAAACAACACGGCCAGAGGAUAUGGCAUAUUGCCUAAUGGGAAUAUUCGACGUCAAUAUGCCCUUGAUAUAUGGGGAAGGACGGAAGGCCUUUAUACGGCUUCAGGAGGAGAUCAUGAAGAACGACAACGAUCUCAGCAUCUUUCUAUGGCGGUCAGCUCCCGGUCCAAAGUAUCGUGGUAUACUUGCCGAGGAUCCAUCAGAAUUUGCUUGUGCCUCUCGCCUCAGAGCUGGGGUCGCCGGCAUGGAUAGUCCGCAGUCCACCAUGACCAACAAGGGUGUCAAGAUCAAGGUUGCCCUCGCAGAUAACAAUCAG